AUGGACAGCUCAUACAAUUCCAUGAUCAUCGAGUCGAGCAAAGUUAAGACUUCUUAUGGCUUUCUUGCUGCUAUAUCAACUUGGUUCCUUCUAGCUGGAUUCUUCAUUUUACCGGCCACAUUCGCUUUUCUACAAAAUGCCCAGCUUCUUGAGAAAGGUAUUACACCUGUAGAUCGUUUGGUAGACCUGAACAAAGGGAUCAUUCCGGUGGCAAUCAUUUGUUUUAUUAUUGGGUCGGCAGGAACUACUUGGUUAUGGUAUAAAUUUAGAGGGAACUAUAUCUGGCUGGUAACGCAUCUAUUCUUACCGGGUUUCUUGAAUUCUGUCAGCUGCCUCUUCACCAUCUUAGUGAACAUCUAUACAGCUCAGGGUGGAAACUGGUCUCUGUCAGCCCAGAUCACCAUGGGCAUUGUGUCUUUCUCUAUGUGUACAAUGGCGGUGUCCUUCUUCAUCUACCAGUUUUGCUGUCUUUCAAGAGUUCGAAAAAGCCCACCUUAUGUGAUGAAUCAAAGGUCGAGAGGGUAA